AUGGUCGACCGGAUUUUUGGCAACUCCUCUUACCUGAGGACGCCUGCCCCGAUGUCGGCUGGCUCCAGCCUUCCCCAAACUUUCGUUCUUGUGGUCAGGGUUGGACAAUUGCCCUAUACUGGCCCGACAGUUCAGCAAGACUCUCCGCAUCUCGCCCGAAGGCAAGCGGAUCAAUACGUACUCACCCUCCCUUGA